AUGACGUUCCAUAUUCCGGGAAAUAAAGAUUGUUAUGUUUUUAGAUAUUAUUUCGCUGAUAAUGGCCACUACAUUCCCCCAUCCCCCCUUAUCUCACCUCAUUCCGCCCCAUUUCCCCCACCCCCCACCCCUCAGGCCGUGGAGCUGCAGAUUGCCCAGUUUAUCCCCGCCACUGCCUGUCCGCUCUCUCUUCCGCCUUCUCCCCUCAUCCCCCCCGUCCCCCCAUCCUAUUCCCCCCCUUUCCCCAGGCUGUACAGCUGCAGAUCGGCCAGUUUUUCCCCGCCACUGCCUGUCCGCUCUCUCUUCCGCUUUCUCCUCUCAUCCCCCCCGUUCCCUCAUCCCCCCCGUCCCCCCAUCCUCCCCCUCCCCUCCCCAGGCCGUGGAGCUGCAGAAAGCGCUGCUGUCGCACAACAGCCUCACGCAUAUCUCAGAGGAGAUCGGCCGCUUUGUCCCCCCUUCCCCACCGCGCACCCCCUCUUCUCCCCCCAUCCCCUUCUCUCACGUUUCCUCCCCCAGGCGGUGGAGCUGCAGAAAGCGCUGCUGUCACACAACAGCCUCACGCGUAUCUCGGAGGAACUUGGCCGCCUGCCCUGCCUCACGUGGCUUGAUGUCAGCUACAACGCCCUGCCCCGCCUGCCUGCUGCCGUCGGCAAGCUAGUGGAGCUCAAGAACCUGCUGGCAAGUCACAACAAGCUGGAGUCGCUGCCAGAGGAGAUUGGCGGUGCAGUGAACCUGGUCAAGCUGGACGUCUCCCACAACGUGCUGGAAGGGCUGCCUGCUGCGCUUGCCGCCUGCACACUCCUCACCCACCUUGAGGCCUGCUCCAAUCGCAUCGCAACCCUGCCGGCCUCCUUGGGUGCCUGCACUGCGCUCUCUCAUCUCAAUCUCGAGAACAACCAGCUGCAGAGCAUCCCCUCGCCUCUGCUCUCCUCACUCCGCAACCUCAGGCAUCUCGACCUUGGGCGCAACAAGCUGCAGUCUCUCCCUGACGACAUUGGAGGCCUCUCGUCCCUCCUACACCUCAACGCCUUUCAGAACU